AUGUCAGUUAUACCAGGAGACUAUCUAGAAAGAGUCUAUGCAGGAGUCCUCGGCAAACUCAUCGGCGUCUACGUCGGACGGCCCUUUGAAGGCUGGACUCACCAGCAGAUCGUCACACAGCUCGGCCACAUCCGCGGCUACGUCCACGACAAAGUCGGCGCUCCCCUCGUCGUCACCGACGACGACGUCUCGGGCACUUUCCAGUUCGUCAGGGCCCUGGAAGAGCACGGCUACUCCCCCGACAUUUCGCCCGAGCAGAUUGGCAAAACUUGGCUGAACCAUGUCAUUGAGAACCGGACCAUUUUCUGGUGGGGAGGAAGAGGCAUGUCCACGGAGCACACUGCCUUUUUGAACCUGAAGCGAGGCAUUCCUGCACCGCUGAGCGGCGCCAUCGAGACGAAUGGCAAGACGGUUGCCGAACAGAUUGGCGCGCAAAUCUUCAUCGACGGCUGGGCUAUGGUUGCUCCUGGGAAUCCCAAGCUGGCAGCCAAACUCGCUCGCGCUGCGGCCUCGGUCAGUCAUGAUGGAGAAGCCGUGUAUGCGGCCCAGCUGUGGGCUGCGAUGGAGGCGGAAGCGUUUGUCUCGAGGGACAUCAACCACAUUCUCGAUGUCGGCCUUUCUUCCAUUCCCGCAACGUCGCAUGUUGCCCAUGUGAUAGGCAAAGUACGGACGUGGGUUGCCGAGGACGGAGACUGGACCAAGACUCGCCAGAGGAUCGAGGAUGAGUUUGGUUACGACAAGUUCCACGGUAUCUGUCACGUCAUUCCCAAUCAUGCUAUCAUGAUUAUGACGGUGCUGUAUGUGAGCGACGACUUUGAUGAGGCUAUGCACAUCAUCAACACCUGCGGCUGGGACACAGACUGCAACUCUGGCAACGUGGGCUGCCUGGUGGCCAUCAUGCUCGGCCUCUCCGCAUUCGAAGGGCCGUUUGACUGGAGAGGACCUCUGGCGGAUCGCGCUCUCAUCUCCAGCGCCGAUGGAGGGUAUUCUAUCAACAAUGCUGCCCGGAUAGCCUAUGAUAUCGCCAACAUUGGGCGUCGCCUGGCUGGCCAUGAGGAUCUCAAGCGUCCCAAAGGUGGUGCUCAAUUUCAUUUUAGCCUUCCUGGAAGCACUCAAGGUUUCCAGCUUUCAUGGGCAUCUACCGCUGGAAGAGGUGUCUCAUCAGCUUCGUUACAGCAGCGGGUUGACGGCUUACAUGGUCCUGGUCUGGCCAUUGAUGUUGAAAACUUGGACGAGCAACAUGGCCAACUCGAGGUUCUCACACCAACAUUCACCCCGAAAGAGGUUCUGCAGAUGAAAUCGUACGAAUUGAUGGCGUCGCCACUGGUGUAUCCCGGCCAGACAGUCACAGCCAAACUCCGUGCCAGUGGUGUUGGGGAGGUAGUCGUUGGGCUGAGGCUGAAAGUGUAUAGUCAGAACGACGAAUUGAUUACAGUUGAUGGGCCAUGUACUGACUUCAGUUCUGGAGAAGAGCAUCCGCUGACCUGGACAAUCCCUGACGAGAUGGACAGCCAGCCUAUCCAGAUGAUUGGCAUCGCCAUACGUUCAGGCCCGUCAAGCUCUUUCAGAGGCACCGUUUGGCUCGACAGCCUCUCUUGGACUGGUGUGCCCAAUAUGGUGAUUCGACCACCAUCUCAGAAGCCAUGCGAGUUUUGGCAUCGAGCGUGGGUCAAUGGUGUCGACACCUUUAGUAGCUGGGCCUUCAUCAUUGCUCAGGGGCAAGGCGAGGGCAUCAUCAUCCACGGAACAAGAGAGUGGGACAAUUAUAGCGUCGCCGUUCCCAAUCUGAUGGUCAAGUUUGGUGCUCCAGCUGGGCUAGCCAUCAGGGUCCAGGGCCUCAAUCGUUACUAUGCCGUCUUCUUCACAGGGGACAAGAAGAUUGCCUUGGUCAAAGCACUCGACGAAAAGAGGAUUGAGCUCGCAAGUGCAGCGUUUCCGUGGGAGUUGGACCGGAAAUAUCGAGUGGCGCUGACGGCUUGCGAUGGUUCGAUUCGAGCUCGGGUUGAUGACGUGGAACUGCAGGCUGUUGAUGGACAGUAUGGCGGAGGAGGGAUUGGGCUUGUGGCCACGGAUGGUUGUGUGUCUGCAGAUUGUUUUAUUAUUGCUCCUGUAACUUGA